AUGUCACAGAAGCUGCAAUUCGGCGUGCUGAUGCACCCGUAUCAAGCCAUCGAUUGUGUCGGGCCCCUCGACGUCCUUUCGUCAUCCUCGAAACCCUACCUCGAACCACUUUUAGGCCUAGGACUCUACGACAAAUCCGUGCCCGAGCACGCCCUGGACUAUGACUUCCACUAUAUCAAAGACACACUCGAGCCAUCCACUCACACCGCCGGCCUUCGACUCGUCCCUACAACCACGCUCGAUACCUGCCCAAAGCUCGACUACCUCCUCGUCGGCGGCCCCGAUCCAGCAUGGACGCAGGACCCCUCGUUCCCGGCAUACGCAAAGUUCGUGCAGGAGCGCCUCCCUGAGCUCAAGAUAGUCUUCGCGACCUGCACAGGCGCCAUCAUACUUGGCGCAAUGGGCGUCCUCGAUGGACUCAACGCAACGGUCAAUCACCAGCUCAUUGGACCUGCGAGGCAGAUGUGCCCGAAGGUGAAGUGGACGGAUGAGAAGCAGUGGAUUGUCGAUGGGAAGUUCUGGACAGCGGGAGGAGCGGUCGCGGGGAUGGAUAUGAUGGCGCAGUGGGUCAUUGACAAUAGUACGAGGGAUGCUGCGGAAUGUGGUUGGGGCUUUCUCGACUAUGAGCCGAGAGAUGUGCACGGGAGGUUGUUGAAGAGGGAGAAGUAUGGGUUGCGGUUACAAGCGGCGUAA